UAUGUAGUGGAGACCUCUGGACAACUCGUACAUAAUGAUGUCUGGGUACCUGUCUGUGGUAAUGGACGACAUCUAAUGUAAAUGUGUGGGGGUUCACGAUGUUGAGGUCAGUGUCGUCUAGGAUACUGGGAGAUACUGGACAUCUUAAGGGUUAUGGAAAAGUUAUGCCUUCUUCCAGAUCUAGAGUGACCAGCACCGAGCCACUUUGUUGUUGCGAGUACGAAAAUAUCAAAGGGGAGAAAAGUCACAUCCUCGCCUGCUGCUGUGACUGUGACGCUGUAGACGAAGCUUGUGACAGGUGCAUAACAUGUCAGAGAGUCCCUCCGAGGAUGCAGGCUAAAAUCUUAAAAACUAUCAAUGACCGAUGUCGAAUCCCUGGGAUUUUCGGACACGGGGCCACGCAGCUUCGCCUUGACAUUAUUGUUCCUUUGUUUAUUGUUCCGUUAAGUGUCCUCGUAGCCACAAUGGGACCAAUCAUGACAGUGUUGUCGUUGACGUUCAUGCCGCUAUUUAUGUUGUUUUUUUACCGAACAUGGCGGCGAAACACUGAAAAGACACGGACACCUUUCUUUUUUGUUUGGGGUUUGGUCUCAGUCAUAUUGAUGUUUGUAACUUUUCAAAGUUUUAUAGUCGCGUUUCGUGAGAUUCUGUUAUGGGAAAACAUCCUAUUGACCACAGCCUUUUUUGGUAUGUUGUAUUACAUGAGUCAGGCCAAAUAUAACAGUCGAUCCUUACGUCCUCACACAACAUACCAACGUCUUCGAAGGGAAGACGUUUAUAACUCAAACAGGCUGCAUGAAAACCACUCUAGUGCAACACAGGAAAAUUCUAAGGAUUAUACACAAGUGACUAUAGACAAAAACGUUGGUAGUAGAGGGAUGUCUCUGGAUGAAAUCACUACUGCAUCAUUACCGGAGGAGCAAGUCACAUGGAUAGAUUCUCGACCAAUCAAGGAUGGGAAAUUGGUUACCUGGUGUGCAGAUUGUGAAAUCAAAAAGCCGUCUCGCUCUGGGCAUUGUACUGUGUGUAAAGCUUGCUUUGCUGUGCGUGACCAUCACUGUGUAUGGAUAGACUGCUGUAUCACUGCUCACAACCAUAGACAGUUCAUGGCUGCCAUGAUGCUGUUUGUGUUCUGUGGGUUCUACGGAGUACACCUCACCCUGACCACGGUGUGCACGCCACAACUGUACUAUGGCUGGUUCUUGCUGCCAAACGACUGUAGAUUUUUAUAUAUUGAUUUCCAGACUGCGGUGAGCUUCGUCAGUGGUUUAUAUUGUCUGCUGGCUGCUGGUCUGAUGUCCUGUAAUCUACUUUAUCAGAUCAUUCUCAUCUCGCAGAACGUCACGUCUCAGGAGAUCCAUAUGGCCAACAAACGAAAACUAACCAAAUGCUACGGCCUUAAGGCCACAGCAAACCUACAUGAUAGAGGAAUAUUCAAAAACAUCCUACUAUUUCUCACCUCAAAGAGGAACAGCAUUGGUUUGAUAAAAAUAUAGAAGAGUUAAUUGUUUAAGCUGUCUUAAUGUUAUAUAUAUGAUAAAAGUAUAGAAGAGUUAAUGGUUUAAGCUGUUUAUAUAUAUGAUAAAAGUAAAGAAGAGUUAAGGGUUUAAGCUGUAUUACUGUUAUAUAUGAUAAAAGUAUUGAAGAGUUAAUGGUUUAAGCUGUCUUACUGUUAUCUAUGAUAAAAGUAUAGAAGAGUUAAUGGUUUAAGCUGUCUUACUGUUAUAUAUAUGAUAAAAGUAAAGAAGAGUUAAGGGGUUAAGCUGUCUUACUGUUAUAUAUGAUGAAAGUAUAGAAGAGUUAAUGGUUUAAGCUGUUUAUAUAUAUGAUAAAAGUAAAGAGGAGUUAAGGGUUUAAGCGGUCUUACUGUUAUAUAUGAUAAAAGUAUUGAAGAGUUAAUGGUUUAAGCUGUCUUAAUGUUAUAUAUAUGAUAAAAGUAUAGAAGAGUUAAUGGUUUAAGCUGUCUUACUGUUAUAUAUAUGAUAAAAGUAUAAUGGAGUUAAGGGUUUAAGCUAAAUCCAAAUGUAGAUUUAGUUUUAAACUCAACACAGGACAGGUUUUCUGUGGCUUUUGGUGUAUUUUAUGUCACCAACAGUAAAAGUGAAAAUUUUGCGGAAACAUUCACAUUUUUGCAUAUUGAGUAAAUUAACACGGAAAUAUCCACAUGCAAAUAUAAUUUAUAGAUAGAUGAUAUAAUACAUACCUGUCGGUAAAUAGAAUAUAUAGAUAUAAGGACUAUUGCCAACAUGAGUACUUUCCACAAACAAACAUUUUCUCAUUUGUAGAUCGAGUGUUACACAAUAUUAUUUUUCAGAUCUCGCAGGUGAAAAACAAACUCAUAGAUUCUUUUUAUUUUCUUCUGAAAUUUUAAUAUUGUUGAUCAAUAUCUUCAUGAUUCACCAAAAACCUCCGUAAUGUCGAGGGUCUGAUAACAGUUUUCAUCUUUAUUCCAAAAAGUCUAAAAAUUGUGAAGGUACUUAAAUUUGCAUUAUGCAUUCAUGAACAAAUUGUGAUAUUAAAUCCCUCAGGAAAGAUAGCUGCACAUGUAAGCAACCUUCACACGUUGGAAAUGUUCGGUAGCUGCUACCCUGUGAUCUCUGCUAUAGCUCACAGUCUACACCUAUACAUACACAUUGGACGUUCAUUGUAUGAUAAAUUUUACGUUUUUACAGCAAAAAUAUUGUUAUGUAGCUGUUAUUGUUAAUCAGACAUGUUUAAACAUUGAAAUCCUGUCAACCAGUUGUGACCAUUUGUUGUGACCAGUUGUGACCAUUUGUUGUGACCAAUUGUGACCAGUUGUGACUAUUUGUGACCAUAUGUGACCAGUUGUGACCAUCUGUGACCAAAUGUGACCAGUUGUGACCGUUUGUGACCAGUGACCAAUUGUAACCAGUUGUGACCUGUUGUGACCAUUUGAAAGCAGAAUUUCCAUAAUUUCAUGUACAUAUCUUUAUAAAAAUCUUAGUUCUUUUAAAAGGAUAUUUAUUUUUACUGAAGUGUAUCUGUUACAGUUCUGUUAAGUACUGUUAAAUAUUUGACAAAUGUGUCCCUGGUUGCAUGCCUUCCACAUUAAAAUCUUAUUUAUCUUUAUAGUUAUAUAUAGGGCCCCUUGCCUUGUAAUGUUUGACUUCAUUAUGCAAAAAAUAGUCCAGAGGGCACCUGCCUUACAUUGUUUUAAAUGUCAUAAGUGAGUCGUCCAGCCUUAUUAUAUCUGAAGAAUUAGUCCCUUUGAGGGAAACCUGGCUGCCUUAAGAUGUUUAUAAUAUAGAUGAUAGGACACCGGCCUUACAAUGUCCCAAGUCUAAUGAGCAUGGUUAAAACAUACAAAUGUGUUAAACUGUUGUCACUUAUAAUUUGUAACUAUAUGUCAUAUUUUCAUCUUAAAAUGCUCAUACAAUGUCAUUAUAAAUAAUGAAUAUUUUAGCAAAUAUUGUUUUUGUCCUAUAACACACAUUUCUAUUGCUGACAAACUUACGUCAAGCCCUACAGAACUUGAUUAAAUUUGUCAUCAAAUAGCAAUGUGUGUUAUAGGACCAUAAUAACGUUUGUUAACAUGUUCAUUGCUUAAGUAAAUCAACGUGAAAGGAAGUAGUUACAUUAUAGCAUAUUGACAAUUGUGUAACUAUUUAACCCUUUCACCACUGUAGACCAUAAUGGACUCAUCCAGAUCAAUGCAUGGUAAUGUCUACAAAAGUUACAUAGGGGUGAAAGGGUUAAUAUUUAAGUAAGCAGUGUGUUUGUUUUGUACUUUUAUAGAAUAUUUUUGGAAAACCCGGGUUUCGGGCCAUUCAUGCUUAUUUUUAGAUCUAUAUAUUUUUUUUUUCUUUUCUAAAUUUAGGCCAAGGUCCUAAUAAAUCUUGAGAAAGGCUGCAAUAUAUAUAACAGUUUAUACAGUAGAUACACUGUACCACUAUGAUUCCACUGACUACAUGUUUCGUGUAAAACAAUUACGGUAAAGAGGAAAUUAUCGUAGAGAGGAAAUGCUCUUGUGAUCCCAUUGAGAAAAUUAGUGCGAAAAUAGAUUAGAGAUGUAAGAAUCCUUCUGAAAGUGAUAAUUUUUGCACUGCAAUAAGUUUUAGGAGUCGCGUAACAGAUCAUUAUCCACAUGAGAGAAUUUCCACUCUUAUGGUAUUCUAAACAUUCGCAUAUCUCCCCCAGGUUUUGUCCGAACCACUUCAGGUAAAGCUAUCGGACAGUGUACACGAUUAUUGUUAGCUUAUUUUGUAUAAAUGGUGACCAUUGAUAUUCUGUCAUGUUGAUUAGCGUGUAUCAGGAAUUAUUGUUAAUCUAAUGCAAAUGUGAUCUUUCUCAUAAAACUGUAUAAAAAAUGUGAUUUAUUUUUAAUUAUAUAGGUAAUUGUAUAUAUUUAUUUAUAUAUAAGAGCUGCUAUCUUGUUUUGUGAUAACAGAACUCUGCCCUGUGUGAUGUUUUGUGUUACACUCUCUGAGGGAGUGAUAUUGUGCCUAGAAGAUAAAAUGUAAUACAUUCACAUUGAAUUGUGUUAAAAUGCAGCUGUUAAAUAAGGUCAUUUUCUGCUUGGGAAAUGACAUUCUAUUUAAAGUGGAUGUUUCUUGAAUGUGUAAUAUUUUCAUCCUGUUACCACCAUUCAUAUAUAGAUUUGUUCAUGUUAGCAGUUAUUUACCAUUUUACAUUCCAAAUGGGUCAUUUCUAACAUUCAACUUGGGUCAUUACUUAUACAUUCCAUUUGGGUCAUUGCUUUCAUUCCGCUGAUUCCAGUUGGGUCUUUAUUUUCAUUUUUGCCAAAAUAAAGAUUUCGGGUUUUCGCCCUACACGAUGAUGGCAAAUUCAUUUUUAGCUCACCUUCCCGAAGGGCAAGUGAAGCUUAUGUCAUGGUGCGGCGCCCGUCGUUGU